AUGUCACGGAGACUGUUGCUAGAUGAUGAGAUUGCGAAAGAGCUGGAAUUAUUAGUUAGCUUGCCUUAUGAUCCAGCGAAUUCCGAAGAUGAAUAUGAGUCUGACGAACAUGGUAAAGAGUAUAAUGUGGAAAAACUCAAGAAUCUUUUGGUGAAUUCAGAAGGUGAGCAAUCUAGCUCAAGUAGUAAUACAAAUAUAAACAUUCCGGAAACAAUUCCGUCACCAGUGACACAGGAGUUUCCACAAUCUUAUAAAGAUAAUAUUGAGUCACACAUUCAAAACACUUCAAUUGAGCAUUUUCAAAUAUCCAUACCAGAAAAUACACAAAUAGAAAUGUCUGUUGGUCAACCGAGCUGUAGUAGAUCUGGAAUUUCUUCAAAUGAAACAAUAGAAGAAAGCUCUGAAGAAUCUGAAUCAGAAGGUUCAUGGAAUAAAGCGAUGUGGUCUAAUGGAAACAGGCCACACUACUCAGUAUUUGACAAAAUAACUUUGGCACCUCGUAGUCCAAUAUCUUACAACAGCAGGCCUUUAGUAUACUUUGAUAAGUUUUUAACUAACGAAGUUUAUAACCUCAUAAUUGAGCAGACAAAUCUAUAUGCUCAACAGCAAAAUAUUCGGACAUGGUCACCGACUUCAAAGCCUGAAAUACAAGCGUUUUUAGGCAUUCUUAUAAUGAUGAGUUAUCAUGUUUUACCAGACUAUAAUCUUUAUUGGUCAUCUGAUCCGGGGUUCAGGGUUGAUGAAAUCGCCAAUGUAAUGCCAAUAAAGAGAUUCAAGGUGUUGCUACGAACAUUACAUUUGAAUAAACUGCCCCAGAGAGAUGAAGAAACGUUUGAUAAACUAUACAAAGUACGCCCAUUAGUAACUUUGAUAAAUGAGGCUUGUCAAGCAGCGGCGAAAAAUACAUCAUCCCAGAGCAUAGAUGAAUCGAUGAUAAUAUUCAAGGGUAGAUCAUCCUUGAAGCAAUACAUGCCGAUGAAGCCGGUAAAACGCGGCUAUAAAGUAUGGUGUAGAUGUGAUAGUAGCACGGGCUAUCUUUACGAAUUCGAUAUUUACACAGGCAAGCAAAAUGCUGGAACUGAGGGUGGAUUGGGAAGUAAGGUAGUAAAAAAACUCACAGAAAAAUUAUUGGAUAUGGAAGAAGAGAAACAUGUGACAUUUGAUAAUUUUUUUUGUGACUAUCAUUUACUAAAUUAUUUGUAUGACAAAAGGAUUUUCGCGACUGGAACUGUACGUAGAAACAGAAUAGAACUUCCUAAUUUUAUAAAAAAGAAAAAGGGAAAGAAGGCAAGCCAAAAACUAAAUAAGGGAGAGUACAGAUGGAGAGUAAAAGAUAAUGUUUCAUUUGUUGUGUGGCAAGACACGAAAGAAGUUCUUAUCUUGAGCAAUGUAUUUCAUCCGCAAAUAGAAAGAACUGUAAAUCGAACACAGAAAGAUGGCUCCAAUUUAGCUAUAAGUUGCCCAUUGACAGUAAGAGAAUAUACAAAGAGAAUGGGGGGAGUAGACAAAUUUGACCAGGUUAAAAGUACGUAUUCUGUUAGCAGAAGAAGUAAGAAGUGGUGGCGAAGAAUAUUUUAUUUUUUGGUAGAUGCCAGCAUUACCAAUGCAUACCUGCUUUAUAAACAAAAUAAAAGAGGAAGUCAACUGUCACACCUUGAAUUUCACGUGGCUUUAGAAAGAGGCCUUGUUGGAAAAUAUUCCAGCCGUAAACGAAGAGCUUCCAGCAUGGCCAACUAUGUGAAUAGAAAAAAAGUAUUGUCAGAAAACUACCAAAAAGCAGUGGGUAGUGUACCACUUGAGAAACGGUUUGAAAAUGUUGGGACACAUAUGCCAGUUGAAUAA